AUGAAACUGUCAAGUGCAAUCACCGUGGUUUUGGCCAAUCGAGCUUUUGCUGUUGUUUAUAAAUCUCAAAUUGACUAUAACUCAGCUCCUCCGAACCUUUCUACCUUGACAAAUGCAUCCCUUUUCGAGACCUGGAGACCCAGAGCCCAUAUCCUCCCUCCAUCUGGGAAGAUAGGUGACCCGUGCGGGCAAUACACCGAUCCUAAGACUGGUCUCUUCCAUGUUGGUUGGCUCCAUGAAGGAAUUGCAGGGGCUACAACCGAUGAUCUCGCUACUUACAGAGACCUCAAUCCUGAUGGAGCCCCGUCGAUUAUUGCGGGAGGAAAGAAUGACCCCCUUGCUGUUUUCGAUGGCUCUGUCAUUCCAAGCGGCAUAGACGGCAUGCCAACUCUGCUAUAUACCUCUGUGUCAUACCUUCCAAUUCAUUGGUCCAUCCCCUACACCCGGGGAAGUGAGACACAGUCAUUGGCCGUUUCCUAUGAUGGUGGACGCAAUUUCACCAAGCUUGACCAGGGCCCGAUGAUCCCUUCGCCUCCUUUUGCUGUCAAUGUCACCGCUUUCCGUGACCCCUACGCUUUCCAGAGCCCAGCCCUUGACAUAGCUCUCAACAGUACUCGAGGAACCUGGUAUACUGCCAUCUCAGGUGGGGUCCACGAUGUCGGACCCUGUCAGUUUCUCUACCGGCAGCAUGAUGCGGACUUCCAAUAUUGGGAAUAUCUCGGUCAAUGGUGGAGUGAGCCCGUCAAUACAACUUGGGGAAAUGGCGACUGGGCGGGUGGAUGGGGCUUCAACUUUGAGGUUGGCAAUGUCUUCAGCCUGAAUGCAGACGGUUACAGCGAGGACGGCGAAGUCUUCAUGACCCUUGGUACCGAGAGUUCUGAAGUUCCCAUCGUUCCCAAGGUAUCUUCAAUUCACGAUAUGCUGUGGGUAGCCGGGGAUAUUACAAACGAUGGCUCCGUCACCUUCAACCCAACCAUGGCAGGUGUGCUUGACUGGGGCUUAUCGGCAUAUGCUGCUGCCGGCAAAAUUUUGCCAGCGAGCUCUCAGGCAUCUAGGAAGAGCGGUGCUCCUGAUCGAUUUAUCUCCUACACCUGGCUCACUGGAGAUUUAUAUGAGCUAUCGAAAGAGUUCCCUUCCGCUCAGCAAAAUUGGACAGGUACUCUCUUGCUGCCGCGGGAGCUGAAUGCUCACACUAUCCGUAACGUGGUAGACAACAAACUGUCGCGUGAGUCUUUGGCAUCGUGGCGUUUGGCUCGCGAGGGACACGGUCAAAUUGACCUCGAAACGAUGGGAAUAUCAAUUGCCAGGGAGACCUACAGCGCUCUCACAUCUGGCUCAUCUUCUGUGGAGUCCGAUCAAACAUUAUCGGAGGCUGGGUCAAAGGCAUUCAGCAUCUCGCCCUCAACCAAGUUCUUUGUUCUGACAGCGAAAAUCUCUUUCCCUACCUCUGCCCGUGACUCGAGUAUUCAAUCUGGCUUCCAGAUUUUGUCCUCCGAUCUUGAAUCUACGACGAUCUAUUACCAAUUUUCAAACGAGUCCAUCAUCGUGGACCGCAGUAACACAAGUGCCGCGUCGAAAACUACUGAUGGAAUUAGCAGUGCCAAUGAGGCGGGCCGUCUACGGCUAUUUGAUGUCUUGCAAAAUGGAAAAAAGCAGAUUGAGACAUUGGAUCUCACCGUGAUUGUGGAUAAUGGGGUUCUUGAAAUAUAUGCCAAUGGACGGUUUGCUCUAAGCACAUGGGCUCGGUCUUGGUACGCCAACUCGACGGGAAUUAACUUCUUCCAUAACGGCAUAGGAGAAACGACAUUUGGAGAUGUGAAGGUAUUCGAGGGAUUGUAUGACGCCUGGCCACACAGGGGCUGA